AUGAGUUCUUCCAAGGAUAAAGAACAAACCGUAAAACAAAGUAAAGAAGCCUUUGCUUAUAAAUUUUGGCAAGAAUUUCAGGAAGAGCGAGGAGGAUCAACAGAAAAAAGUGUGUCAGUUGAAUCAAACAAAAUCGUAAACAGUGACUUGGAAGUUGUCACUUCAAAUAAUGAAAUUGUUCCUACUAUCACUUCACUUAAUCAAAACUUCCAAACAGUAACUCUAGAUAAUAAACAAAAUUGCUAUGUCAGUGUAAAGUCAUAUUUAACAAAUCUAGAAAAGUCUGAAGAAAAAGUAAUGGAUUUUCAAAUUUCGAAUUUAGACCAUUGUAUUGUGAACCUUGUAAGUUCUAAUGUAGUUAUAGGUGCGAUGCAUAUUAAAGGAUUGAGGGAUACUGUUAUAUUGGCAGGUCCUGCGGCUAAGUUAGAUCAAAAAAAUAACAAAUAUGAUAAGGUUGAAGACUUUAAUUGGUUAAAACAACAGGCAUCUCCUAAUUGGCGAACUGUUUCAGAAAACAAAAUACUUAAGAAUUGGCCGUUUCUUCAUGCGGAUAAUUCAGAUGAUACUACAGAAGAAACUGUUUCAACUGUGUUGAAUGAGAUUUUGGAGUCUCAAUUAAUUCCUUGA